AUGGUCGCCGCUGAAGUAGACCGGGAUCUGUUUUACAAGCUCGCGUCAGACUUGUCUGAGGAACGUCUCCAAGCGAUAAUUGGCUUGGUGACGCAGCUGUCAAAAGUUGAAAAGGAGUCUCGCGAGUGGGAGUACGUUCUGAACAGAUUGAUAAAGGGCCUUUCUUCCAGCAGAAAUGGUGCACGUCUCGGUUACUGUCUGUGCCUCACAGAGGUUGUAGCGUCCGCGCUUGAAAAGAGCGUGCUUGCGCAUGCAGACGAGUACCUGCGUUUGCUCCUCUCGACGUUGUCUCGGGAAAACAUCAAAAACGGAAAAGAGGAAAGGGGGAUUUUAUUUGGGAAGCUUUUUGGCUUGCAAGUUUUGCUCAACGAGCCCCUCUUUUCACAGGUUUUCAAGGCAGAGGAUGAAAUUAACCUCGAGUUCAUGCUCACCUACGUAGGUACGCUGAUUGAUGUUGCACUAGCCAAAACUUGGAUCCGAGAAUCCUCGAUGUUCACGCUUUACCAAGCCAUCGAGAAGCUUUCGCCUGUUAUGGGUUCCCAGAAGCCGCUCAAAGCCUUAUUAACACUUUUGGACUCCAGAGGCCUUACGCAGACAAGCGAGGGCCUCGCUGUUUACCUAUAUCUUUUCCACAAGUCCUUCAUUACAACGGGCGCACUACGCAAGAAAGGAUUGCUAGAAGAUCUAAAGUUAAACUCACCUUGGAAGAACAAUGAUCCAUUGUCGAAGGGCAAUCUACCUGCUAUCGCGAACGCGCUCAAAGAGAUAAAUUCAAGUGAGGACCUGUCGGUAAAACAGAAGGGCAUUUGGAUGCCGCGCCUUCACUUUGUUUGGGAUAUCAUCUUAACAAGCUUCUUUGAAGGAGGUGAAUAUGAAGACAAAGCUAGCGAACCCGCGAAGAAAAAGAGAAAGAAAAGCUCCGAAGAAAGGCACCAGCAGAUCAAGUUUCCUGAGUUUUGGAAGUCUGUUGUCGAUGAAUCCUUCUUCAACGAAAAAUCAUCCAGCGAGAGAAAAUACCUAGGUUUCCUAGUGUUCGAGAAAGCUUUUAGUCUGGCUCCUGUCAGCUACACGCACACCUUACUUUCCAAAAACCUGACAAGGUGCCUAAUCAACCAAUGCGGGAGCUCUGAAAGGAAUUUGCAUAAGGUUUCUCAAAGAGUUUUGACCACCAUUGUUGAUGUGUGCAAAAACCAACCUGAAAAGACAGCUCCUUCCUUUGAAACUCUCGCUUUGAAAGAACAUGGGUCAAUAAGCUUCGACCAAUUAACAAAGUCAAAAACCCUAAAUCUUCUUUUGUCAGGCAAGUCGCUGACUGACCAGCAACUCACACUUUUGGGUGAAGUUCUAACAAAUCAUUUAUUUACAAGUCUAAGAGAUCAUUCGCGGGUGAGGUUUCUAUUGGACGCAAUGCUGCACCUUGUUCGCGCGCAUAAAUCUGCCGCGGACAAAGUAUGGUUAGCACCAUUAUUAGAUUCCCUCGUUCAGCAAGGGUUUUUCGAACUUGAUGAAAAUGACAGACAGCCUGAAGUUGGCGAUGAAACAUUCACCGUCAGCAAACUUGCGGUUGAACGACUAUAUUCAAUCCUUGCGGACCUUAUAUCCGCAGACUAUAAGUCCGAAAAAGUAUGUUGGCCACGCUUCACUGUCGAGAUUCUAAUGUCUAAGCUCAAAAAAAAUAAGCUUCUUAAUCCGAUGGAUGAAGAGCUGACUGAGAUUUUAAACAGCUCGAUUAAAACCUUCAAAACCAUCUGUAGUGAGGCUGAAAAAGGUGGCAAGCAGAUGCAGGCCCGUGGUUUUCAAUUGAUAUUUUCUGUGAACAUUUUACAAGCUUACUCAGGUGAAACCGAUUCCAUUCCAGUAUUGCAGGAUCUCAACAGCUUCCACCAAACGCUCGAAGAAAACAAGAGCGGCUCUUAUGCAGGAUUUAUUGAAAUUCUGCUUUCUCUUGCCGCGCAGAAAAAGGCACUUUUAAGGAAGGCCAGUUUACUUGUUUGGGAGCUAUUUGUUGGCGAAGCAUCUCAAGAUGAUAUUGCGGUUUUAUUAGAGAUUUUGCCAGCGCGAGAGAAUAAAGAGGGGUUUUCAAAGCUUUUUGAGGGCGAUGAUGAGGGCGGUUCCGAUGAGGAAGAGAUAUCAGAUGAGCUAUUUGCAGAAGAGGGAGCUUCGGGGGAUAACACUGAAGAGGAAGAGAGUGGCCCAGAUUCUGAUGACCAGGAUGGUGAAGAUACAGAACAGAUUGAUAAAGAGGCAACUAGCGCCCUAGUUAAAGCUCUGAACCUUCCAGAGUCUAUCGUGAAUGACAAUGGUGAAGUCCAUUUUGAGGACCUAGAAGACACUGAGGAUGAAGAAAUAAGCGACGAGGAUCUGGAUGAUGAAAAAAUGAUGGAGCUUGAUGGCCAGCUAUCUGAGAUUUUCAAGCGUAGGAAAGAGGCCCUAUCAAAGAUUCCAACAGGAAAUAAGAGAAAACAAGAGGUCAAAGAGUCAAGAGAAAACGUCAUUGCUUUUAAACACAGAGUUGUUGACAUGCUGGAGAUUUUUGUUCGUUGGGCUGAAAGUGAGCUGAAACAAGGAGGUCGGCCAGAAAAGUCGGUAACCAGCAAGAUAAUCAGUAUUAUCUUGCCGCUGAUAAGUUGUGUUCGUACCACUUUGGAUAAGCCCUUGGCUGAAAAAGUUACCAAGCUUCUCAAAAAUAAAAUAUGCAAGUUGAAAAUCACCACGGAUACUUCACUUGAUGGUCUUGAGGAGAAUCUUUUCGAGAACAGUUUGAAGUCUGUGCAUGAAGCUAUGCUACUCAAGAAAUGUGGACAGUUCCAGAACCUAUAUUUCUCUGCAUGCUCCACUGCUUCAAUGUUCCUCGCCAAGCUAUUCGUGCAUAGGUCCCCUCGCCCCGAAACAUACUUUACGUUAACUGAAGUUUACCAUAAAACCCUAAACGAGUGGUUUGUCGGCGGGAAGUUUUCUGCCAAUUUGUUUAUAGAAUUCCUAAAUUGGCUUUCAAUAAAAAAGCAGCAGAAUUCCGAUUGA